CUUGAUUGAUUUGAUAUUGUGAAAUUAUUUGAUUUAAUAGUUCGUCUUCGUUCAAAGCAAUUACAAAAUGGGUAAACGCCAACACCAGAAGGAUAAAAUGUAUAUAACAUACACCGAAUGGACUACUCUAUAUGGUGGAAAAAGAUCAGGCACGUCUGUUGAGGAGGAUACUACUUUUAAGAGGCUCCCAUAUGAUCAUUGUUGCCUCUGUCUGCAGACUUUCGAUGAUCCGUAUUGUGAUGCAGAUGGUAAUAUUUUCGAACUACAAGCUAUUAUUGAGUUCUUGAAGAAGUUUAAAGUGAACCCUGUGACUGGUAAGAAAUUUGACAUUAAAUCACUGAUAAAAUUGAACUUCUUCAAAAAUGCUCAAGGUGACUACCAUUGUCCAGUUUUAUUUAAACCAUUUACUAAAAACUCACACAUUGUGGCAAUUGGCACAAGUGGCAAUGUGUUCUCCUAUGAAGCUGUGGAACAGCUUAAUAUCAAAGGCAAGAAUUGGAAGGACCUCAUUAAUGAUACUCCAUUUGCAAGAAGUGACAUUAUCACAAUACAGGACCCAAACAACCUGAACAAAUUUAACAUAUCAAAAUUUCAUCAUGUCAAGAACAAUUUGAGAGUAGAGACAGAAGAGGAAAUUGCAAUGAAAAAGGAUCCUCAUGCCAGAUUGAAAACGGUAUCUGCUGAAACUAAAGACAUUUUAAAUGAACUAGAAAAGGAGUAUAAAGCACCAGAAAAACAGGAAAAAAAGAAAGAGGUUGCAGACAAAUUCAAUGCCGCACAUUAUUCCACUGGAAUGGUGGCUGCCAGCUUCACAUCUACUGCUAUGGUACCUGAGACUGUUCAUGAAGCUGCAAUAGUUUGUGAAGAUGAAGUCAAAUAUGAGAGAGUGAAGAAAAAAGGAUAUGUGAGGCUGGUGACGAAUGUGGGUCCACUUAAUUUUGAGCUGUACUGUGACGCCACACCAAAGGCAUCUGACAAUUUCAUAAAGCACUGCCAUAAUGGAUACUACAAUGGCACUAAGUUUCACAGAUCGAUACGAAACUUCAUGAUACAAGGUGGCGACCCCACAGGCACAGGAGUAGGUGGCGAAUCAAUCUGGAAUAAACCAUUUGAGGAUGAAAUCAGACCAAAUCUACAUCAUACCGGACGCGGAGUUCUUUCUAUGGCCAAUUCUGGACCUAACACUAAUGGAUCACAGUUUUUCAUAACAUUUCGCUCCUGCAAACAAUUAGACGGCAAGCAUACAAUAUUUGGCAAACUGGUUGGUGGACUGGACACAUUGAAUGCAAUGGAGCAAAUAGAAGUUGAUAAUAAGGAUAGGCCGAUUCAAGACAUUGUUAUUGAAGUAGCCCAAGUAUUUGUGGACCCAUUCAGUGAAGCUGAAGAACAGUUAGCUAUAGAAAGAGCAGAAGAGUUGAAAAGACAGGCUGAAGCAGAUGGCCCUGGUGUAAAACCUAAAAAAGCAACAAAACAGCCUCUCAAAGUAUUCAGAGAUGGUGUUGGAAAGUACUUAAAUUUACAAGAAGUGCCAACAUCCAGCAAAACAGUUAAAACUCAGGAUGUACCAAUGAAGAAACCUAAAAAAGAUCCUAAUUAUAAAUUUGGAAGCUUUGACUCAUGGUAGUUUAUGUAGAGAAUAA